AUGUCCGACAACGGUGAAGUUGAGGUUGAGAACCCAGGGUUCUACCCUGCCCUCCCCAAGGAUGUCCAGACCGACUCCGUGAAGCUGUUUGGCAAGUGGAGUUACGAUGAUGUCGAGAUCAGAGAUAUCUCUUUGACCGACUACAUCCAAAUCCGCUCUCCUGUCUAUCUUCCUCACUCCGCUGGUAGAUACGCCGCCAAGCGCUUCCGCAAGGCCCAAUGCCCCAUUAUCGAGAGAUUGACCAACUCGAUCAUGAUGAACGGCCGCAACAACGGUAAGAAGAUCAAGGCUGUCCGCAUUGUCGCCCACACCUUCGAGAUCAUCCACAUCAUGACCGACCAGAACCCCAUCCAGGUUGCUGUUGACGCUAUUGUCAACUGUGGUCCUCGUGAAGACUCGACCCGUAUUGGUUCCGCCGGAACUGUGCGCCGUCAGGCCGUCGAUGUCUCUCCUCUCCGCCGUGUCAACCAGGCCAUCGCCCUUCUCACCAUUGGUGCUCGUGAGGCUGCUUUCCGCAACGUCAAGUCUAUUGCCGAAGUUUUGGCUGAAGAGCUCAUCAACGCUGCCAAGGGUAGCUCCAACUCGUACGCCAUCAAGAAGAAGGACGAACUCGAGCGUGUCGCCAAGAGCAACCGAUAA